GAGUGACCAUGUUACAAGACAGUCCCACCUAAGGUUAUCUUUUAAAAAAACAGUGUGACCUGAUGUCUUUUUAGACUGAAGACUGCUGCUAGGUCCGCAGGUAGCUAAAGCAUUAGGCAAAAGCAAGUAAAAAAAAACAAACCCAAGCCUAUUAUCAAGAGGUUUACAUUUGCUGCCUAAAGAUGUGUGUCUCCAAAAGUUAAUGCAAGGUCCUGCACCUGGCUCAGGGCAAUCCCAAGCACUCAUACAGGCUGGGCAGAGAAUGGAUUGAGAGUAGACCUGAAGAGAAGGAAUUGCGGGUACUGGUGGAUGAGAAGCUCAACAUGAACCAGCUAUGUGUGCUCACAGAAGAAAGCAUGCUUCAAAAGAAGCAUGGCCAGCAGGGAAGUACUCAACAUUAAUUAAAAUGUCUUCUGCCAAACCUCCGAAUGAAAAUGAAACACCCAAAGAGAGAGCACCAGGACUGAGGGGUGUUCGAACAACUAUGCUCUUCCGAGCUGUGAACCCCGAGCUUUUUAUUCAACCUAACAAACCUGUGAUGGCAUUUGGACUCAUAGCAAUUUCCCUCUGUGUGGCCUACCUUGGUUAUCUGCACGCAACAGUGGAGAAUAAAAAGGACCUUUAUGAAGCAAUCGACAGUGAGGGCACCAGGUAUAUGAGAAGGAAGAAUUCCAAGUGGGACUGAGAACUUAAGGAAGGAAAUCAGCAAAUCAGUCACAGAACUUUUGAAGGCAACUAUGUUUAUUAUCUCUGUCCAUUGAAUUAAUAAACAAAUGCCUCUUGUUAUUUAAUCCAAUUUUAAUGCCUUUAUAAAAUGCCAUGCCUGUACAAAUAAAUUGCAAUUAAGAUACAUGCAAACAUAAAAGAAUUGUCUGCGGUCUCCACAGGAUGUCACAAGGCAGGCAGUUAACUCUGACGUACAGUCGAGACCAGUAGAUGCCUUAGAAAUUUACCUGAUAGUUUAGCUCACUCCUGUCUUUGUUUUGAUUAAGUGAAAACAGGGCUUUGUCUUUUUAAAUAGAAGGCAUAAUGUAUUGUUUGUGAAGAGAAAAAGCUGAUCUCUUCAUCUUUUGAAAGCUGCUAAUUAACAGUGCUGCACAUAAAAUAAUAUUAAGGCAAUAAAUAUCUGAUAAAGCAGCCAUUGAAGGGUUUUAUUUAGUAAAGGAAUUUGUAAAAUACUGGCCAAAAUAUCCCUGGAUGCUAAUAUACUUUUCCCUACAGAUGAAGAAAAAAGAAUCAGUAGCUAGAUAGAGGAGAAAAAGGGAAGCAAGUGAUUGUGCCAAGAGAAAGGCAGGAAGAACUCAGCCAUUACCUUUCCAGUGUGGCAUCAGACAGCAGAUCAGUGAACACACCUGUACCAGCUUGCCAGUCGGUACGUGUUAACUCCAGGUUACCCAGAGCUUCUGGGGUUUUCUUGCCUAGUCAGCAGUAGUUCAUUUAAGCUGAGUAGUUUAUUUAAGUAGUUUAUUUAAUCAAAAAAAAUAGAUUUCUCUAUAUUGCAAAGUACAUAAUAUUACGUUCAUUUAUUAUACAUUACUGAGCUCAAAUUAAGGAAUGGAAAGACAUGUAGAAAAGAAUAUGUCAAUGUGAACAAGCCCAGUCUUGCUGAACGGUCCUGCCUGUGGCCUGGGAGGUGACCCCUCGGCAACAUGCUAGUUGUUGUGGCUGGAGGGCAGUUGGGCAGUGUGGUGUCUCCUUAACACAUGAGGUGGUCUCUUCUGAGCCUCUACCUUGAGCAAAAUGUAUGGGCAGCUGCUUUUCUGUUCCAGCACUGAGGCCCUCUCCUAUGAUCUCCAGCUACUUCUGUGUGCCUGACAUUUCCUAGAUGGUGCUCCAUCAACUAAACUCCAGAACACAUGCAGGGAGGGUUUGUACCAGGCUAUGCCCUUUUUCCACCACAGGUCCUUAUUAAUGGUCCAGUUGCAUUUUUCCACUCAACAACUUGUGUUUACGGCCCCAUCAAGGGCUUCCAGGAAGCUGAGAGACCUCUUUUAUUAUGCCCUUUUGGACAAGGUGUCUUCUGUCAAGCCAAAGAGGAAAGAAUAUGCAGGGACAUCUGCUAUGCCACUCUGGAAAUUGCUUUGCAUUUUGUUACUGAAAGAUUUUGUUCCUGAAGAUAAAAACAGUUAAUGACUGCCUCGAGGGACAGCAGUUGCUCUGUGGGUUUUUUCUGUAUCUCCCUCCAGAUCCUUCACUUUGAACCUGUGAUUUUCCUCCUGUUUGCAUUUUAUAGUUACCUGUAUCCUAAAUUCAAAUGGGUCUUGGUUUGGCUACUUCUUCCUGAGAAUGGAAGUGAGCUGUGCCUUUGAUAAAGCUAUGAAAAAAACAGUAUUUUUACAACCAUUAAAAGUGUUUCCCCCAGCUGCCUCAUAACAGCAAGUUCUUGGCCAAAUCUGAAAGCUUGCAGGUGAGAAAGCUACUUAGCUACUUGCCUUUCAAAAUUUUGAAUUAUGUUUUGGGACACGAAUAUGGAUUUGGAAGUUACUGGGAAAUAAGGAAGGGGAGCAGGUGGCCGAAGAGGAAGGUGUGGGAGUGACCUGGGCAGGGUAUAGGUGAUGUUGCAUGCCAACGGCACUUCAUAGAAGAGCUCUCUGAGAUGAGGCCUCAUAUCUGUUGGAUGGAAUGAAGUCCUGUUAACCAGAUUAAUUUAGACCUGACCUAGGCUGAAGGUAGAGUGAAUAUUUAGACUUGUCCUUAUGUUUAUGGAGCUUCUCCGUGUUUAUUUGUAGCAGCCGCUGUAGAGCUGGCAACUUUAAUGCUGGUAAUGAGGUAACUCGAUGCUACAAAAAUUAUAUAUAAAAAGGAAAUACAGUAGUGCAAUGCAGAGAAGAAUGCAGUAAAUUAAUGGCUGUUACAGUAUCAAGACUGGCAUUUGCUAUUUUAAGUACCUGAUUUAUAUAAUAAAAAUCGUGUAUGUAUAAAAACCCACCCAAACACAAUUGUAAUACAUUGGUAACAAAAUUUCUUUGCUCAGGUCUGGAACCACUGCUCUGCUUAUGUGUCUGGAGGAUAAAGCAAACAGGACCCAAACAGCUUCUUUUGUUCUGUUUUUCUCAAUUUUGUCCUCAGUAGAGUAAUAAUCAUCUACAGUGGAUGACAGCUGGCUUGACAGGAGCUGUGAGUCAAAUUGAUUUCCCAGGCAGAGGCUCCUUCAGGUUUCUGCCAGUUCCUUAUUGUCUGUGCUGGCUUUCACAGCUUUAGCAAGAACAGCAACAGAAAGCUAAGAUUAGAAUAUCCGAAACAGUAGCUAUUGCACUGUUCCUAAAAUCUGUUUAGACUACGUGGUUUGAAGCCUGCUGUGAUGCUGCUGAACUAAUACCAGGGAAAGUUAGUUCUUUGUGAGCAAAGCCAGCCCUGCCUUGUUGCUGCACAGGGAGCUGUAUGAAGGCUGGAAGGAGUCGCUUCAUACAUCCCUCCCUCAUCAUCUGCCUGCAGCAUGUUAUUGAGUUGUCAGCGUGUGUGAAUCCUCAUCUGAAGGCAAAUAUUUUGCCUAAUUUGAUAGAAAGUAAUGGUCAAUGAUUUUCUCUCCACUGUCUUGCAUGUUUUUUGUAGCAACAACAAGCGUUUAUGCCCGCAACCAAGUGAUCUAUCAGGAACAGAGUUCUGAUGUUUUAGUAACUGUAUUACAGAAAUUACUAGAAUACCACAUGGAUUUGAAGUCCCAAUCUGGACUUGUUUGUUUGUUGUGCUGUAUGUUCAAAUAUAAUACCACCACAACCUUCCAGAGCUACUUUUGAUUGGACUCAGGAGUAAAAGCUUUUCAGAAGACAAUAAUGCUCUCAUUGUGAUAUACUGGGCAAGUUUGCUUCUGAAAUCCUUUCCUCACAACCUGAGAUCUAGGAAAACUCCAGGAGCUAUUGUAUUCAUCUGGUCUUGACAGCUAUGGAGGCAUUCAUAUCUUGGUAACAAAGAACUGCACCUACCUUCUGAAUAUUACUAAAUCCAGCAUAUUCAGAGGGGGAACCGUGUCAGCUGUCCUAUGGGGCAUUCAGAUUUGGGCAUAAUGAAGUGCAAAGGAGAAUUAGCUCUAGGACUGUUAGCAAAUGUUUUCUAAGGCUCAGGUAGUCUGGGAAGAACUGUGUGUGACUUAACAUUUGCAAAGAUCCUUCAACAGGACACAACUGGGAUAUUUUAUCUUGGAUCCUACCUUCUUAUACCCGAUUCUGGCUGCUGAACUUAGACUGAGGCUCUGUAGAGCUUUUUGAGGUCCAGUUCUACUCUCCUGCCAUUGGCAGUGGCACCUCCCACCAGAUCAGGCUGCCCAAGGCCUCAUCCAACCUGGCCUUGAACACCUCCAGGAAUGAGGCAUCCAUAACUUCUCUGGGCAACCUGUGCCAGUGCCUCACCACUCUCAGUGUGAAGAACUUCCUUCUA